AUGUCAAGAUUCCUGAAUGAACAUUAUCUCUCUAGUACCGGCAUGGUUUGGGGUUAUAUAAGAAGUGCUCCUGUAAGAAAGGGAUUUAAAAAUGGAUGUCCUCUUGCAGAAGCAGUAAGCCAUGAUAUACACUAAAUGGGCAUUACAUGUUUAUACAGGCAGAGGCUAUAAUAAAUGGAAAAAAACAAUGAAUGUAUUCCUCCUUUUUUUUUCUUUUCUUUUAGUAAUAGGUUAAUUAGUGUUAUAAUUGAUACAUAUAAUUGUAAUAUAUUUUUAUAUUACUUUUAAAAACUCAAACAACCAUUUGAAAUUUUAUAUUUUUAUAUAUAUAUAUUACUUUACAUUUCGGUUUUGCUAUAACUAUAUUGUUCAGUUUUAAAGCGGCACUGUAACGCGGAACUUGCCUUUCUCCCAUUGUUUCCUCUUCCUUGUCUCAGGAUCUGUUCUUCUUUUGUUAUUUAUAUCUUGUUUUCUUUAAAACUACUACUAGGGACUACUUUGUCUUAUGUAUUUUUCCUAUGCUUUAAUUUCUCUGACUCAGGGAGGAGCUUAAGUCCUAUCCAGAAAGGUAAGUUUGGCCUGACAGAGCCGCUUUCAGUGCUGAAUAGCUGAUGUUGUAUUCAUUGUUAUUUUGCAUGUGGUUGUUAAAAAAACAAAAAACAAAAAAAACAGCGCUGCGAUAAUUAAGUAUUGUUUCUCUCAUACUACAUGGCUAAACAGUCAAAAACGUAUACUGUAUUGCGAUAUUUGCAUUGUUCCAAUAUAAUCAAAGUUAUGCUAUUUGUUUUUUUUUUGUAGAUUCAAUCAUUCAAUGAGGAAAUCCAAGGUAUUACUACAGCCGGUUUUUCAGCCUUGGUAUUUGAUGGUACGGUUGGUGCACCAAUGUGUCCCAGAACCUCAAGUAACUCGUACACCUUUACUAAAGAAAACGAAAAAAACGUAGACGCUUUACGCAAAUGGGCAAUUAAUCAUAUUGACCUUCCAAGAUCGAGAGUAAAACUGUCAGACGUGCAGCCUCUACAGUAUUUUGAUUUGAUCUGUCAUCUUGUUGCAAAGGCAGAGGUUGAUAAAACAUCUUAUCUCCUAAAAGUAAGAUGAUGCAUCUAAUUAUUGCACCUAUUCUCUUGUGCUUUUCACCUUUCACUGUGUGAUCAAGUCUCCAUUAGUCCCUAUGUCUACAAUAAAGAGAUACUAUAGGCAUCAAACAACGUAAGCUUAUUGUAAGGGAUAUAGAUCAUGCCCCUGCAGUCUCGGUGCUCAAUUCUCUGUCAUUUAGCAGUUAAAUCACUGUUUAUACAGCCCUUGUCACACAUUCCCUGGCUGUUACCUGCACAGAAUUCAUGGAAAAAGUUUUCAUUUUAAACCUGAUGUUAACUUGCUUUAUAAGUUUUUAUCUCCUACUCUUUAAAUUGAACUUUAAUCACACACGACAAGUUAUUUAACUCCUAAAUUACAGAGAAUUGAGCACUUAGACUGCAGGGCAUGAUCUAUAGAAACAAGUGCUGCAUCAAGCUAAAGUUGUUUUGGUGCCUAUAGUGUUCCUUUAACUUUACACGAAGGAUGGUGUGUACACUUUAUUGAUGCGCACUCGUAGUUUUAUUCUCAGAGUUUUCCAAAUGUACCAGUUGUCUCUGCAAUUAUCUAACAAGCAUAACCUUUGCAAACACCCUUCUCCAUGGUCUUAUUGCGCUAAAAAAUCUGCAUCAACCGUAGUGACCUCAUUAAAUUAAAUAAAAUACCACAGAGGCUUAAUAUUUGUAAUUCAAACUAAGAGGCUAGUCUCCUGUGCAUUAAAAAAAAAAAGGAAAAAGCCAAUGAACUUGUAAUCUCUUUAUGAAGUAAACAAGUACGAUUUAAUUUGGAUUAUUAUGUAAAGUAUACUUACAAUUCUGUCUGAUCUUUUAUUUGUUUAUUGGUAAUGUUGACUUGAGUGUGUAAAUGCCAUUGUUUGCGUGCAUGUGUAAUGUGAAUUAAUCUGCUCAAACUGAAGGCUACAUAAGAAAAUAAAAAUUAAAGGACCACUACAGUGCCCUGAGGGUGCCCCCACCCUCAGGGUCCCCCUCCCGCAGGGCUGGAUGGCGAGGAAAGGGUUAAAUCUUAUUUUUUUUUCCAGUGCCGGGCGGGGAGCUCUUCUCCUCCUCUUCGGCUGAACUUCGCAUGCACGGCAAGAGCUGCGCGCGCAUUCAGCCUGUCUCAUAGGAAAGCAUUCAUAAUGCUUUCCUAUGAACGCUGGCAUCAUCUCACUGUGAUUUUCACAGUGAGAAGCACGCAAGCGCCUCUAGCGGCUGUCAAUGAGACAGCCACUAGAGGCUUUAGAGGCUGGAUUAACCCAUUUAUAAACAUAGCAGGUUCUCUGAAACUAGGUUUAUAAAAAAAAAAAAAAAAAGGUUAAUCCUAGAGGGACCUGGCACCCAGACCACUUCAUUAAGCUUAAGUGGUCUGGGUGCCUAGAGUGGUCCUUUAACAGGAGACAAGAGUAACAACAACAAAGACUAAAAGUUCCUUGCAGUAUUCAUCGUACCUAGUUAUUGCAAAAUGUAUAUAGAAAUGUUAGAAUGCCUCCAUACUGGACUUUAAUAACAUAGGAGCCAGUUGUGUGAAACAUUUUCUUGUUUUUAUAAAUAUUUUGCAGUAAUUUAUUGCACUUGAGGUUUAAUUUAAUACACCUUUUAUUUUGUUUUAAUAGAAUGUGUAAUAUAAGGUUAUUCAAAAGUAUAUGUCCCAUUCUUCUUGAUCAAAAUUCUCCAAACAAUAUUCGUAAUAUUAGUAGUAAGGCAAGCUGGUUUAUUUACUAAAUCUAAAAUUGUGCUGGUUUGAACAUUUUAGGUCAAACUAUUGGAAUUUUACUGACACUGUGACAUGUUUCUUGAAAGCCAAUGCAUGUUGAAGGACCCACUCCAGCAUUAGAAAUAAUUACAUGUAUUUGUAACUCUGGACUGUUGCAAAGAUCAUUUAGAUUACGAGUAAUCACACUGCACCAAUACAAUGAUUCCCAUAGAGUGAUAAUGAAUCCAAUGCUUUCUGUGAGAAGCCCUUACUUCCACUUUGAGCCAAGGCUGAUGUGCUUUAUGUCUUUCGAAUGUUGCUUUAAAGAUAUGAUUUAUCGGUGCCAACUUCUCAGGUUUUUUUUUUUGCAGAUGUAAUUGAAUCAAAAAUAAAAGGUGAGUAGUAUUAUUUAUCUUUAAAUAUAUACAUUUUACUUUAUUUGGCAGGUGUGGGAUGGUACCAAAUGUGUUUCCCCUACAUGGAAAAUUUGUGUAGAAGACGAGGCGCUGAUAGGGGAAAGAAGUCUUAUCCACAAACUGCGCAAUCUCACAGUAGAUGUUUUGGUUUAUGAUAAUCACGUGGAAUCUGCAAAAUUUCUGAAGGUAAUUAACCAAACUGUAAAUGUACACUAAUGCAUUUGGAUGAAAAAAAAUGUAAUUGUGUAAAAUUAUUGUAUGUAAUAGCAUUGUAGACAGUAGCAUAUUUAUGGUCAAACAUUUAAAUCAUUUUAAGACAGUCAUAUAUGUAGAUUAAUAUAAUAAUCUAAGCUCUUGUAAGUUCAGAAGGAAUCACGAUGUGUCCCACAGUGAAAAUCUCUAGGUAUGGGGUUCUUAGAAAUGUAAGACACAAUUUCACUGUGUCAGAUGAUAUGAAAAGGAAGUUAAUUUCAUGAAAACCUUUUUUUUUUUUUCUCUCUCUUUCAUAGGGUACUUAUCAGAGUAUAGUUUUCUUAAUUGAAAUAUAG